GGGGGUGCGCGCGCGUGCGCGCGCGCCGCGGCCUCAUCCGUGUCGGCGGGCGGUCGGCCCUAGGUUGGGAGUGUGUCCAGGACAGGAGGACGACUGUGGAAUCUCCGCACGGAGAGACGGAGCGUCAACAAUUUACAGAAGAGGAACAUGGCCCAAGAAACUAACCACAGCCAAGUGCCUAUGCUCUGUUCCACGGGCUGUGGGUUCUACGGAAAUCCGCGGACGAAUGGCAUGUGUUCAGUCUGCUACAAAGAACACCUCCAAAGACAGAAUAGCAGUAAUGGUAGAAUUAGCCCGCCCGGUCAGUGCACGGGCGGCAGUGGCCCAGAGGAGCAGUCCACAUUAGACUCCACAUCAUCCCCAUCUAUGCAGCCAAGUCCGGUAUCAAAUCAGUCACUUUUAACCGAAACGGUAGCAUCUUCCCAAGCGGAAAGUACACCUGUGGAUAAAACAGUACCUGAAACAGAAGAACUGCAAGCCUCAGUAUCCGACCCCUUGCAGCAGCCCUCGGAAGAGCAGAAUAAGUCCCUCGAAAAACCCAAACAGAAAAAGAAUCGCUGUUUCAUGUGCAGGAAGAAAGUGGGGCUCACUGGGUUCGAAUGCCGAUGCGGCAACGUCUUCUGCGGAGUGCACCGUUACUCGGACGUUCACAACUGCUCGUACAAUUACAAAGCCGACGCCGCCGAGAAGAUCAGAAAAGAAAACCCGGUAGUUGUGGGAGAAAAGAUCCAGAAGAUUUGAACUCCCCCCACCCCCGUCCUGCUGGAAUACAUUAUCCCUUGACCAUCUGCAAACUAAAUUGACUUGAGCUUUUUUUUUCUUCCUAGUCAUUGGGAAUGUAGAGCAGUGUAUCUUGCCUAGACCUUUUUAAUCAUGCAUGUCAUCUGAAGACUUAGAUUUUUUUUUUUCUCGUUUGUUUUUGGUUUGGAAAAUGACUCAACACUUACUCCCAUUGCAGUUUCUGUGGCUGAAAAGACCUAAGUAAAUUUUCAAGUAUUAUCCUUUGGAGAUCAUUUUAAUUUUAGUUGAGUGCAGAGGGCUUUUAUAACCACCAUGGAGAAAUAUUGGAGGGCUGAGCUUUUCCAGUAUUAAACAUGCAUGCGUUAACCUUGCAGUUUAGUUUUCUCGUGUAUAUAGCUUUUCUCUGCAGCAGCAGCAGCAGCACGAUUUCUCUUUUGAUAAUGCCCUUUCUGACACAACUAGUUAUCGGUAACUGAAUGUAUUUUAAUCAUUACGGCUGCUUCUGUUUUCCAUUAACAAAGGUUCUACAUACGUUAGCAUAUUCGCUUCUUUGCACCCAUUACCUAUUUAUGUAUGAAUCAUUUGUAAUGAGAGAGUGUGUGCUGGUAAGACUCUACGUUUGUGUGGUUUUUAAAAUUCGUUUUUGGUUUUUUUUUUUCCUCGAGUGAGGGAGGGCAGGUUUUAACGCACUUCACUGCUGACCGCGGGUUUCGUUGGGAUUCCAUUCAUCAGUCUGUCUGUUCACAAAUAUGAAGAAUGAGCUGAGGUAACUGUGCUGUAUUUAUGUUUAUCCACGGUCUUAACUUUGAUUAAAUAAAAUUAAAAAAAAAAAAACCCACAA